AUGCUCGACGUACAAUCAUUACAGGACAGUUUAUCAACACUGGAGCCGUCGUCUGAAAGUCCUUCGCCACUCGACAAGGUGACACAUAGCUCACGUGCUCUUACCGACCGCCUCUCUGCGGAUUGGCACGAAUUGAACACCAUCGUACAAAGUCAUGAGGAUCUCAUCCGGAAACGAUGGCGCAAGAAAACACGAGACCAAAAGAAGGCUGUCCUCGAGGAAGCUUGGGGCCAUAAUCUUAGUGAAUCCCAUCGACCUGACCUCACCCUUUACAUGGACGAUUCGAACCAAGAAUCACCACAAUCACUAGACGCAUACAAAUGGCCAUUCAUCAACUUGGAAGACCUACUGCAGCCAAGGAUGUUGCCUAUGUUCCUCAGCUCUCGGGGGCGACAUCAUCCUUACUCAUUUUGCCAUGCCGAUCUCACUGCGUGCGGCCUGGGUCUGUCUGCAGGCAAGAUUGACAAACUCGACAUGAAGGAUUACAACAUGGCUUUUAGCCGCGUCAACGCUUCAGAAGGAUAUGGCCGAAUCGUUGCUGCUGAAGACGCGGCCGAUUCCUCUGACGACGGUACAACUGGGUUUCGACUCAAGCUCGGAGAAGGCUUGCUCGUACUCGAGCUUCAACAACGUAUCUGGAAGUUCCUGCUGGCUUGUGCAAAGGAGAUCACCCACGAUGUCGCCGCCGAGUCUACUGAAGCUACCACGCUCGACUCCGAAUCCCAUUCUGUGCCUGCCAGUGAAUCUGCUCACACCACGCUAGCUGCAAGUUUUCUGGAAGCGCCGUACCGAGAGCCAGCACAUCUAAAUAUUGACCGAAUCAAGUCAAUCGCCGCGGCCAAACGCUCCGGUAUUGCCGACCACAUCUGGUUGUUGAGAGAAGACCCAAGCUACUUUGCCGAUUGUGUAACCGAAUGGAAAGACCAUCAGCCCGAGAUGCUUCUGGAUGCUGAGGGAAAGAAGCAUCCGAUACACAAGACUGGCUUGACCAAAGCUUUCUGGAACCGGGUCUUGAGAAAGAUGAUCACCGAUUCGUACUUGUCACUGUCGCUAUGGGAAUCGACAUACCAAGAAGUCUGCAAACUCGACCAUUUGCUGCAAAAACAUCCAGACCCAUCUCCCUCUCAAAACCUGCCGGAAGAACUCGCGUUUGCAAUUAAGAAAGUCCGCCACCUGCUGGAGCUGUCAUCAGCUAACUCUAUAGCCUUGCUUAAAUCCCAUGUCCCUCCAUCACCUCCGAUGCUCAAUUAUUGGCACAGGGAAGGCACGUCUACAGCAGAUCACCACUCGAGCAAGUUCCGCACCGACUUGAACACACGUACAGAUCAAGACCCUGCCUUGAAUCGUCUUUUCUGGGCGUACACAAAUCUCUGGGACGAAAAGCAAUCUGCCGUGAUUGGUCUUCACACUCUAGUGGCCGGACUCGACCGUCUGACAUAUGCGGACACGAAAGCAAAAGAGCUUCAAUCCGCCCUGGUCGUUGACAACAUCGCCGAUCUCGGCGUCAUCUCUGAAUGCUUGAACCAAUUGUCAUUGUUCUAUCCCUGGUCAAGAGACAUCGAACAUGAGAUGGCACGCAACCGUCAGCACCUCGCCGAGGACUUCUAUGCAAAGUCAGCCGAGUGGGACAACUUCAGGAAAAUGCCCUGGCAGGGUGUUGACCUGGCGGAAUUGGGCUCGCCAGAGAAUGGAAGAUUCUCUUAUCCCAUCGCCAACCGUCGGACGAAGACAAACGCUGGAGCUUUACACAAAGCUGAAGAGCGAUUAGACUCAUUCUGGUACGAAGUGGACAAGCAUCUUGCCGCCCAAUCUGUGACCCUUCCAGACAAAAUCAUGAGGUUGAUACUUUCUGGCAAUCGCUUCCUGCAACGAACGCCCGAGUGGGACGAACCGCUGCCCAAAGCCAGCUCGAUGCAUGAACCCGCCAAAAGCAAGCCCAAGGACUCGGACGUCAUGGCAAGCGGACUCGCUGCGUCAAAAGCCAACACCACCACCACUACCACGCCUUCUGAAAAACUUACUUUUGCCGUCGACAAACGCGCAAAGAAGACCUUCGCCGCCCUCUUCUUUACGCCGUCUUCCAACGAUACGCCGGCAGACACCACAUGGACUGAUUUCGUACACGCCAUGCAUUCAAUUGGGUUUGUGGUUGAAAAGCUAUUCGGAUCCAUAUGGCAGUUCACUCCUCCCGAGCGCAUAGUCGGAGAAAGCAUACAGUUCCACGCACCACUUCAUGCGGACAAGAUACAUUAUCACAUGGCGAGAUUAUAUGGAAGAAGGUUGGGGAGGGCGUAUGGAUGGACCGGAGAUAUGUUUGUGCUGCAGUAG